AGCCUAGGGCUGCCGCCGCCUGUCACCUCAGGUCAGUAGGGAGCAGCCUGCUUUUCUCCCACUGGGCUCAAGAAGGAUGAAAGGGGAGACCCCUGUGAACAGCACUAUGAGCAUUGGGCAAGCUCGCAAGAUGGUGGAACAGCUUAAGAUUGAAGCCAGUUUGUGCCGGAUAAAGGUAUCCAAGGCAGCAGCAGACCUGAUGACUUACUGUGAUGCCCAUGCCUGUGAGGAUCCCCUCAUCACCCCCGUGCCCACUUCGGAGAACCCCUUCCGGGAGAAGAAGUUCUUCUGUGCCCUCCUCUGAGCUGCCCUGUCCCUCCUCACCUUUCCCCUCUGCUGUCCCUCCUCACUUUUCCCCUCUCCUGGGCCUUUCCCUAGGUCAGUCACUGUCCUGAACCCCCCAAAGCUUCUUGCACCCCAUCCCUACCCCGUGCCCAACCCUGUGAAGUUAUCUGAAGCACAAGGCCCUCCCUCACCUCUUUGUAGAUUCCAUUUCCUCGCCUACUGUGGCCGACCCCAAGCACCCGUGACUCGGGACACCCUUUGCUUAACCCAACAGAAGGGCCCCGUCCGACUCUGCCAGCAUCCUGCCUGCUUCCCUCUGGGAUCCGCUCAGACAAUGGCGAGGGGGAUGCGCUGGGGGGCUCGCUCUCAGUCUCACCUGGAGCUAUUGGAAGGGUAAAGCCAUCUGAAGAAUAAAGUCAUCCAGAGUCUCA